AUGUCAAGCAACGGGAAAGCAGCAGUAUCACACUCAGAUUUUCCCAUGAUGGAUCUUCCUUCCCCCACCAUUGUGGACAUUCUUUCCAGGCUUCCAACUCGAACGCUCUUAAACUGCUGGUGCGUUUGCAAAACCUGGUUCAACCUACUCUUAGACCCUUAUUUCAAUAGCUUUCGGCUUGCAAAAAUGCCCUACACCAGUAUCAUCAUGCUUUCUCGCGUCGGCUGUGGUUUCGAGUCUUUCGACUUAAUUGAACUUGCACAUCAAACUAACUACAUUGAUCAGCGUAUGUGUUUCCGACAUACAAAAACAUCUUACCCCGAGCUAGAAUUAAUAGGUUGUUGUAAUGGCUUGCUCUGUUUCUCGAAUGGAUAUCCUAAUGACAGUUUUUACAUUAGCAACCCAAUUUUGGGAGAAUAUGUUGCCCUUCCAAAACCCAAACCACAGACACUUGAUUUUGUGGCGUUUGGGUUUGGAUUUAGUUCUCCCACCAACCAGUAUAAGGUUGUAAGACUCGUGCUUAAAGCGGAUUGGGCUCGAGAAUCAGUGACUCAGGUUUGUACUCUUGGAACCGGUGUAUGGCGAAAUGUGGGAGAUGGUCCAAUCCCGCUUGUGGGAAAACGGUGUGGGGUUUUUCUGAAUGGGGCUCUUCAUUGGAUUGUAGGCUUUGUAGCUGAUCGUGAAAUUUCUUAUUCUAUAUAUUCGUUUGAUAUUGAGGAUGAACAAUUCCGCCCAAUUCCACUGCCUCCAGAUUUUCAAAAUAAACUGGCUUUAAUCAGUUUGGGAGUGUUGGGGAACUGUCUAUGUGUAUUUAAUAAUAGGAGCCAUCAUUCUCUUGAUAUAUGGUCAAUGAAAGAUUAUGGAGUCGCUACGUCUUGGACUAAAGAUUGCAUUUUGAGAAACACACUUCCGCUCGGGCUGCAUGCUAACACACUUUUCCCAUUCAUACUUUACCCAAUCACACUUUGGAAAGAUGGAGAGAUCUUGUUCUCGUGUGAAGGAGUAAUGGUUUCUUAUAAUCCGAAAGAAAGGAAGUUUACUCAACUCGAGGUUCAUGCAUCGAGGUUCAAACCAGUUACCUAUAUCCCGAGCUUUCUUUCACUCAAGAAUGUUCCCAUGGCAAAAUGUUUGAGGGUUGUGAAAGUCGAUUCAUAG